CCGCCUCACUUCCCUCAACCAUCUCCGGCACUUUUCCACCGCAGCCCUAUAACGAAACGCACCUUCUACCUACAGGCAACCGCCGCCGCCGGAAAAUGGCCCCGAGAGAUAAGCCCACCGCUGCCAGCCCGGCCCCUCACGGUUGCAAGGAGAUGCGGUACAGGGGAGUGAGGAAGAGACCGUGGGGACGGUACGCGGCCGAGAUCCGUGACCCCGGGAAGAAGACCCGCGUCUGGCUCGGGACCUUCGACACUGCCGAGGAGGCGGCACGUGCGUACGACGCGGCCGCUCGAGAGUUCCGCGGCGUCAAGGCCAAGACCAACUUCCCCACGGCCAGCGAGCUCCACCACCAGCACAGCAGCAGCAACAACCACCCCACGCGCAGCCCGAGCGAGAGCAGCACCGUCGACACCUCCUCCCCGCCGCCACCUCCGCCGCCUGCCCUGGAUCUCGGCCUGGCGACCUACCUCGCCUCCGGCGCGUGCUACCCACGGGCCCCGGGCCCGCGCCUCUGCUUCCCGGUGGCUCCGGGGCCUGCCCAAGCGCGUCCGUUCUUCUUCUUCGACCCGUUCAGGAAAGUGAGCGCUAACCCGCACGAGAUCUGCCGGUUCGACCGCCCGGUCGUGAACAACUUUUUCCGAGGCACCGGCGGGGGAGUGAAGACCGAGACUGAAUCGUCCCCGGCCGUGGACUACGGCGCACCCCGCAGCAGAUCGUUCCUGGAUCUCGACCUGAACCUCCCCCCUCCGCCAGAGGUUGCCUGAUCUCCGCGGUCGCCGGAGAUCCGACCCCUUUCUUUUUUCCCGAUCGUUCUGGGUAUUUGUUGUUGCUAUGAUUGUUUUCUGGGAUUCGAAAUUGAAACGGAAAGCAGAGCUAUGUAGAGAGAGAGAGAGAGAGAGACAGCACCCUGACAUAAGAUCUGUAUGCGGUGAUGAUGACGAGAGACUGUAGAUGUUAGCUGAAAUUAAGUUAGUCCGACAAUCAAAAUGUGUUUCUUAUGUGUACAUAAAAUUAACUUCUGUUGUUGUCCUUCGACAUGAUCAGAAACCAAUGUCAAUCAAUUUCUUCAAGC